CGUCGCUGGAGCCCGAGCGUUCCCGGCUGAGCAGAACGGUUACUCCCUAGAGCUGUUCCGCUGCGCAGCUCCUGACACCGUCAGGAAGCUGUUCUGUGGGAGCCUGCAGUAACCAAAUUGAAGAAGAAGUUCCACUACUUAAAAGGGGCCCUCACGCUCCCUUGAUGGUUGACCAGCCAUCCCAAUGGGAUUUUUGCUGAGUAAAGCUGCCACUCACACAUCUGCUGUGCUUGUGGAUUCGGGAGUGAACGAUCACUUAGUGCAAGGAGCUGAGAAGAGUGGAUUGGAACCAGUGACUCGGUUAUUUCAGAACACCAACAAAAUCAAGUUAGAAGACACAAGCCACGAAAACUGCAUGAGAGGGGAAGGAACUGACACCGGAUGGAAUUCCAUGGGCUUCGUGAAGGAAAACGAUGGCCUGGUAGUGACAGAUUUAGAAUGAAGUUACCUGGGCAUGUUACCAAAGAAAUUUGCUUUUGAUUAGAGGAUGAGUUCAAUGUAGCUGAAGUCCAUUAGGAAGCCUAACAAAAUGGAGGAAGAGAGAAAGGCCCUACCAAAUCCAAGGUAGAUUUCUGCAGAGUAUACUAUCCCUGUCAAACACCACAGCUAUUUUUACUAUCAGUGUUUGGUACUAAUGCACUUUACUGUAAUUAUAAUAAACAUUUUUAGCAAGUAGUAUAUAAGGGGAUCUAAGCAAAGCACGACUAUUUCACCUUUUCUGGCAAAGUACUUUCAAAUGCUGCACUUCCAGUUCAGAAGUUUGCUUUGGCAUCCUUUACCCUUCUACGUGUUCAGGAAGUCUUUCUGUUCUGUGAUAGAGCCCUGUGAUUGGCUCCUUAGAAAAGAACAGUGAACAUCUCUCUUCAGAAGCAGUUCACACUCUUACAUCUUUUUCGGCCAUGCUACCUUCAUUUCAGAGUGAGGGCAGAGUUCUUUCCAAGUUGAAUGUCUGACUUGUAGUAACUACCAUUUUAUAACAAUAUCUCAUAUAAUAAAAGCAAAAACUUAUUUUGUAUCUGUUGUUAAUAUAUUUGUAGUGCGAAACAAAAGUACUGUCACAAACAAUGGCAGAUGGAAUGAAAACCCUUUUGUAUCUACAUAUAUGGUGAAUUGUAAUGGUUUAUAUAAUACAUGGGUUUUUGUUGUUUGCUUG